AUGACAAGAGAAACACCUCUUGCUUUUGAAGUUCAUUCACCUUCCUCACCAAUUGUUAUUCCUGUACGAAGGGCUUCGUCUAACAUUUCCACACCGUUGACUCCACCAAAAAUGUCUCCGAUAACUGAAAGUCCUAUGUUGGGGGGUAAACUAGUGACUCUAACUUCCCAACCUUCGUCCAAAAGUAACGGCGUUGAUUUACAAUAUAUGUCUUCUAACGGUUUUCGUUCUACUUCAAUGCUUCCAAAUACUACUGGCCUCAAAUCAGAGGUCUCAAAAACAGGAGAAUUUUUUAAAAAAAAUAGAUCAUAUUCACAUGCAAAGAGUACCUCUGACAUUUUAGGUGUUAACAGCCAAAUUUCAAGUCUUGUUAGAAACCCUUUCAGUGAAUGUGAAAUUUUUACCACUGAAGUAUCAAAACCUUUACCCGAAUCUAAUGCAAAAAAAUUAAAUGGUGCAAAUACUCCCCUAUCCGAAGUACGUAAUAAACCUAAUGUGAUACAGGAUAACAAUAAUGAAAAUCAAAAUAAUAGGAGGGAUAAAAAACUUCGUCGACGCAGUAGCUGGGAUAUCGUUGAAUUGCUAGCUUUGGACAAUUUUAGAAAUUGGAUGGUGUGUUUUUGUGUAGUCAAUUUUGACCUAGAGUUAGGCCAGGCAAUGGAUUCUAUGUAUCCUCCUUCAGAAUUAGGUGAAGAAGAAAAGAAGAGUAUUUGCUUUUCUGCUUUUCCUGAUUCAAAUUCAUUUGAUGUUGGAGAAACUGUAUUCAAUUUUCGUAUAAGAUGUUCUAAAUCAGGGUUGGCUGCUUCAGGUCCAACGGCCGAUGCUGGGUUCUUGUAUGGUUAUGUGUUCUUCCGACAGAAAAAAGAUCCGCGAAUAAAACGUGGAUAUUUUCAGAGAUCUUUAGUGCUCUUAUCUCAACAUCCUUAUGUCGGUCUUUUCUCAAGAGUAGUAUCUAUCCUUGGCCCUGCAUAUUUUGAAGUAGGCAAUCCAAUGCUCGAAGCAGCAUGCCACGAUAUUGCUAGCUGGAAAUCUCCAUGUCCGAGUAAAUUAAUUGAUCUUCCCUUUCUUGGAAAUGUUAUACAAGUUGAAAUUCCACAACCGAACAAACCACAACUCCUUGAAACUUGCCCUUUUGAUAUGACGAAUUAUCGUCCUGAUCUUCAAAUACUUGCUUCACUACCACCUACAUCAAUGUUUACCCAUUUUAGAGAUAUGAUUAAAGAUUUGUGGUUAUGUUGGGAACUGAUGUUAUUUGCAGAACCUAUUGUUUUAAUGGCUCCAAAUCCAAAGAUCUGUAGUGAAUCUGUACUUGAAUUGAUGGAUAUCAUAAAUCCUAUACCAUAUUGUGGUGAUUAUCGUCCAUAUUUCACAAUUCAAGACUUGGAUUUUAAGUCAUUUGUAACAAAAAACAAACCACCAUCUAAUAUAAUAAUUGGCGUAACGAAUCCUUUCUUCAUUAAAGCCCUUGCACAUUGGCCAAACUUAGUUCGAGUAGGGAAGCCAAAAGUAAGGAGAACUACAGAUAAUUCAUGGCGAGGAUCACAUGCAUCAUCACUAGAGUUUGUUCAAGGUGUAAAAAGUAAACGUAAGUCCGUCAUAGCCAAAGAUAAGGCAAUAUUAAAACGGUUAGCAGAAGCAGUAGCACGUGGCUACCCUCCAGAUCUUACAGAAAAGUUUUUAGUACCCCUAAAUCGCUAUUUCUCUACAUUGAUUCCAUUCCAUAUCACGCUUUCAUCUUCACAAGAGCCUCCACAACUCAAACCAUUUAAAACGGACAGUUUUUUAAAAUCUUUACAAGAGCAUGGACCACAAAUCCCUUUUAAAACGAAAAAAUUUCAAACUAAUACAACAGAAACGUAUUUAAAUUUUUAUACACAAUUUUUAAAAUGUGGUAAUUUUGCAACAUGGCUUAGACAACGUACAAUAGAAGCGCAGAAUGAGUUACGUAAAAGAUAUUUACAAGUACUUUGUGAAGGUGAUGUAAAAACAUGGAUGGUCGGCAAGCAUGAAAUGGAAUUGGUGGAUUUGUUAGUUAGAGUCAAGGAUGAAUUGAAAUUAUCAACAACACAAGAUUCAUUGUCUGAUUCGCAAUCAAUGGUUAAUCGAGAAUGUGACCAUGUAUCAUUGUCAGUACCAACACCUAAACAACGGGAAAAACUAAAAGCUCAGGCGGACAUUAUAAUAUCAGGACUACCCAGAGAUUUAAGGGAGUCAUUUACGGCAGGAAUAUGA